AUGACAGUACCGACACCCGAACGGUCGCUUGCAGGGGGCAAGGUGAAGGUGUACCGCGUUGGGCUCAGCGCCUUCUGCGCCCCAGGUGUAUCCGCACCUCCGUCGGCGCAGGCUAUGGUGUGCGUGAUCGACCGACCUUCAGUCAAGAACGCUGUGGACCGCGAAACCGCCUCUGGCCUGCACGAGGCGUUCGUUUCGUUCGCGCACGACGCCUCGCUUUGCGUCGCGAUCCUCGCUGGAGCAGGAGGGACGUUCUGUGCCGGUGCGGAUCUCAAGUCCAUUGCAUCCAGCUCGCUUGCCAGUGGGACAGGCAGCGAGGGUGGGAACCUGCUCGAUCCGGAUAUGGAUGCCAUGGCCCCUAUGGGCGUCACACGGCUCGCGAUGAACAAGCCCGUCAUUGCGGCGAUUUCGGGCUUCGCCGUUGCAGGUGGCCUCGAGCUGGCCCUCUGGGCCGAUCUUCGCAUCGCCACCGCCUCGGCAAGUCUCGGCGUACUGUGUCGUCUUCGGGGAGUACCUCUGAUCGACGGCGGCACCGUUCGCCUCCCCGCGCUGAUCGGUGGAUCGCGUGCUGCGGAUCUCAGCCUUACGGGCAGACUGGUGCGUGCGAAAGAGGCACACGACAUGGGCCUGGUCAACUACAUCGUUGCGGACAAUGCCGAGGCUAGCAAGGGGUGGGAGGCUGUGGUGGAAAAGGCGCUCGAGGUGGCAGCAGGGUUGGCGAGUGUGCCGCAAACGUGCAUGCUCAACGAUCGAGCCAGCAUGCUCAAUGCGCUCUACCCCGCAUCUCAUCCCGAGCAGACACGCGUGGAUCUGCGCCUCAAAGGUGCACUACGACAGGCCAUGCAGCGCGAGUUCGAACUCGGACUGCACAGCCUCUCGCAACUCAUGACCGAAGGACAGGUGGGCGCCUUUGUCAACCGUUCCGCCGACCAGAAGCAACAGGACCGUUCGCGUCGCACCAAGCUCUGA